GAGAGAUUCUCUCGUCUGUAGGAAGUAUUCUACGAAUUAAAUAUUAAUGUUUUCAAAAUUAUUUAUUAUGAGUUUAGUGGUUCAAGGCGAUUCUUUAACAAUAUAUUAUUAUUCAUUCAUGUGUUAAUCGACUGCAAAAGUAUCGUUCGCGUUCGUAGUACACUUCGCAUCGUCUUUUUAAAUAAAUAAUAAUUAAUGGUACAUAUUUGGGUAUAGCAGUUCGUUAUAGUCACUAUACACACUAUAAUAUAGUGUAACUUCUUAUGAUGUCUGCGAUAAAUGCAGCGCCUAUUACAGCGACUGACAGUUUGUCGCAGGCUUUAAAGGCUAAUAUAAUACCCAACCAGGAGUAUUUAUUACAGGGUUCAGUUCUCGAUUCAGCUGUUGAAGUGUUACUCCAUAGAUUAAGAGGUCUUUGUGACAAUGUUGAUGCUGGACCAGAAACAUUUGAUGAUCAAGAAGUGUGUUUUAGUUUGAGAGACCCAAAUCAACAGGUUGCUCCUCUUAUGUUAAGAGUGAGAAAGGCUUUGGAUGCUAGAGAUAUGCCUUAUCAAUUACGAUACAUUGGUCAGCCAGAUUUAGGAGACAAAAAUAGACCUACAGUUGUAAGAUCUAGCUUAGAUAUUGCCUGCAGUGGAAUGCUAAUAGAGUUUCUAAAUGAACUUGGCUGUAGAAUUGAAUUUGAAUAUAGUGUUAAAGGCUACAUGUUUAGAAAGGGAAGAAUGAAAAUCACAGUUGCUAAAGUGUUCAAGAUUUCACAAAGCUCUAUGCCACCAGAGCCAAUAUCUCAGAGUUAUUUAGUUGAAUUGUCUGUUUUGGCACCUCAAGGUCAAGAUGCUAUUGGUGAAGAUAUGCGCGCGUUUGCCGACCAACUACGACCAUUAGUACAACUGGAUAAGAUUGAUUAUAAGAGAUUAGGUCACAUGGCUGUUACGUAAUAAAAAAUAAUUAAAGAGAUUUUAUGACACAAA